UCUUUCACCAAACAAUUUCCGGUAUGCUGAAAGACAAAUCAAAGCUGGAAUUGUGACAUAUGUGAAUACUAAUGGGCGGAGCAAAAAUAUUGCGCCGUAUAAAUACAGGGUUGUGUUAUUAAGAGGAUGCAUAAACGGUCCAGCUUUCAUCCUAGAACAGAUAAGCGGGAGACGAACUCUAGCGAACAUGGUCCGCUGCGGGAAUCAGAGCCAUGCGAUGUGCGCGAUGGCCGAGAACAGGACGCUUCAGAUGGAGGAGGACAGAUCGCUUCAGAUGGAGGAGGACAGGUCGCUCCACGUGCUGAUGAGCCACUGCAGGGAGAUGAAGCGCCAGGAAAGCUCCUUGCGUAUAGCCACGGCAUUCAUCUUACUGGGAUGCGUCCUGCUUAUCUUCUACCUUCAUUUUCGGCAGUGCGGCCCGUUGACCGACAAGCAGUCGGAGCCAGCCGAAAGAAUAACGCCCGGAGGUCUCACCGAACAACAGACUGGCUCAAAACCAGCUUUUCACCUGACAGCAGCAGCUCUUGACUCAGCCCAAACCAAGGAGAAAUACGUGCUUUGGAUGGACAAAGGAGACACUGCACACAUCCAAGAAUUCACGUAUGCCAACUGCACGCUUACUGUGCCUUUGUCUGGCUUGUAUCACAUCUACCUGCAGAUUACCUACAGGAAGCCUGAAGUGUGCAACAGCCCAAGAGGCACUAUCUACCUGGGUCCCAGGGUGGAUAUUUGGCGUGACAGCUACCCUGAGUUUGUGACUAUGAUGGCUGCCUCUGAAACUCUGCUCUGCAAGGACACCAUUGAGAAGUCCAUCUAUACAGCUGGGAUAUACCAGCUGGAGAUGGGGUCUAAACUGAGGGUUCAGUAUGGUACCGAAGACCUGACUCAGGUUCAAACCGAUCAUAGGAGAAUGUUUUUUGGGGCUUAUCUCAUUUAAACUUGGAUAAUUUAUUAAGUAUUAUUGUUAUUAUAAUAAUAAUAAUUUAUUAUUAUUAUCCCAGACAGCAGAGCGUAAGGCAGAGGUGCCAGCUGGCCAUGAUGCCAGUUGAUUACAGGAUGCAUACAUGCACUCAGAUAUGCAAUCGCAAUUUGGUAAUGGAGAGAUAUCAGUUAGCCUGAUUGCGAGUCUUUGGAGUACUCUGGGGAGAACAUGCAAAUUCCAUUAUUAUUGUUAUUGUAUGCUGUGGUUUUUUUUUAAUAUAGAUUUUUUUAUUUCUUCAUACUAUAUAAAUGUAUUUAUUGUCUAUUAAAAUUAUUAACUAUAUUUAAUGAUCUCAAUUAUGCGGUUAAUAUCUAUUUAUUUCUCUGUUUUUUUUCUUAUACCCUUGGUGUAUUUUGUUUAUGAUGUGACCUUGGUCAAUUGCAAAUAGUCUCAGUAUGAUCCAGUUUGGGAUUAUUUACCUGUGAUUAUGUUUUCUGGGAAUUAUGGAGUUCCUCUCCAGGAUGUACUCCUGUGCUCUGUGCUUCCUGGCAUAGAUUCCUGGUGUUUGCUCUGAACCUACGUUGCAGCAACUGGUGAAAAACUGAUGCAUAAUGUUGUAGAACUCAUGCGUGUCUUGGAGGGGCUUGCAUUUUGUAUGGAUCCUUCAUUUUUUGUUAAAUAUAAUACUAAUGAGGUUUUCUGGUUCUUUGGUGAGGGGGGGGGGGAGAUCCUAGAAGGACUUGUCAUACUAAUUGGGGGGAUUCAUGCUACACUAUUACUAUCUACAAACCAACACCCAUGUGACUUGCAUGAGUAGCAGCCCCUCUAAAAUCUACAGCAAACAGCUUGUGGUUUGCCAAAUGACUUUGCCAAAGCACUUUCUGCAGGUGAGUUCAAUGGGUGGCAGUAAUAGUGUUUCCAUUUCAUUUGGGACACUAGCAUUCAGGUCAGUGGUGACGCUGAAGGUGACUGUGUUCAGGACUAUGGUGUACAAAACUGAUCGAGCUGUGUGUGGGAGUGACCAUGCUCAAGCCAGUGAUUCAGAAGGUUGAGCUUUUUAAUAGGAUAAUGAUUAAUAGUAGAAUGCUAAUCUGAGGGGUCAAAAUGCGAUUGAAUAUUACAUGACCACAUGCAGAACCUAUGUAAAUGAACAAGCUCUUCCAAGCAGCUGAGAGCAUGAUGAUAGGUGCCCAGCAUUGUGUUUCACAUAGGAUGACAUUGCCAGAAAACAGGUGUUUUGGGAUAUAUGUAAAAAUAAAAGAGGUUUACAAGU